AUGCAACAUGAAUCCAACGAGGAACAUGUCGAUUCUCGAACUGAAGCUAAUUAUCACGCCAAGAAAUUCUAUAAUCAACGCAAUAUGAUCUUAAAUAGAACAUACGUACUCAUAGUAGAACUUUUGAGAAGCGAAGAUCAACUUGAGGCCGUCAAAAAACAGGCUGUCAAUCAAUCCAAGGAAUACUUGCGCCUCAAUGACUCAGAAGGCAAUUUAAAGAAAGAAGUCGAAAAACUAUCUGAGGAAUUAGAGGCUGAAAAAAAACGAACAAGAGAUUUUGAUACUUUGAAAAAACAGGCCGACCAACAACAUAAAGAAUAUUUGCGACUAUCUGAUUCAUAUAACGAACUUCUGAAAGAAAAGGAAAAUCGCAACGAAGAUAAAAAAUCUGCAUAA